AUGGAAUUACCAUACGAAGUACUGGUGUACAUAUUUAAGUAUUUACCCAAAUCGGACCGAAAAUCUGCAAGUGAAACAUGUCGCUCUUGGUACUUAGCGGCUAACGAUUAUAGUUUCCUAAAAAAUAAAACUGUUAUACUAUACAAAGCAGAUUUAAAUGAUGAAAUUUCUCCACUACAAAUCUUUGAAGACUCUGAUAUUCUUUAUGACAACUUUUUAUUUUGUGAGGUUGAAUUGUCCAAUAAAUUAAAAAACUUUUGGGAUAGAAAUGGUGUGAACAUAAGAUGCCUAACUCUACAAAACUGUGAUAUAAGAGAAAAAGUUUUUGUUAAUAUUUUACAGAAAUGUUCAAACUUAGAGAUUCUAAAUAUUGAAAACUGUAAAGACUUGUUUAUGUCAGGAUGCCUUUUAGAAGGAAAAACUGAAGGGCUACUCGCAACUAGUUUAAAGAAAUUGAAAUGUUUGAGUUUGUCAGGAAACCAAUACCUUACAGAUGCAUUAUUCAGCCGGUUUGUUGAGACAGCUCCUGAAUUAGAAGAACUAAAUUUAUCAGGAUGCUCACUGCAGUUUCAUUUGGGUCUUGUUAAAAGAUUCUAUCCUCCGGGAUCUAAUAUAUAUGAUAAUCCAUCCGAGAGUGUCUUAACAUUUUACUUUGUACAUCAGUUUCUAACAGCAAGAGCUAAGAAUAUGAAAAGACUAUUGUUUUCUAAGACAUUAAUUGAUGGUGUAGCUCUUAAAUCACUAGCAGAAACAGAACACCUAAAACUGCAAUAUCUUCAAGUACACUCUUGCGAUCAACUUACUAAUGUUGGCAUAUCUUCGCUAUCAAACUAUCAGUUUUGCUUAAGAGAGCUUGAUAUUGGACUUUGCACAAGAGUAACUGAUCAGUCUUUAGUGUAUAUUUGUAAUAAUUUAGUAAAUCUAGAAUGCUUAAACAUUCAAAGAUGUAGAGCUGUUACAGAUUUAGGAGUAGUUGAAUUACAGAAACUAAAGAAGCUUAAGCAACUGAAUAUAUCCCAAUGUGAUCUCAUCAGCAAAGAAGGUAUUGAGAAAGGUAUCUGUUCUUAUGAAAAUACUAUUUUGGAAGAGUUAGAUAUAAAUUCUCUUAACUUGGAACAGAGUGGUUUGAUUAUGAUUUCUGAAAAGUUACCUAAUCUCCGUAUGCUAGAUAUCAGCUAUUGUUUCAAUGCAGUGACAGACACUUCAAUCCAACUUAUUUUCAAGAAUCAAAUAUAUUUGCACACUUUAAAGUUAAGCCAUUGUGAUAAAGUAUCUGAUGCUGGCCUUACGGGUAUGGGUAAAGUGGAAACAGAAGGGCAAGAAGAUGGUAAUAUAACAUCAAGUUAUGAUAGCUCCAUAACAAACAACAAGAUCUAUCUUGGCUCGAGGGCUGAAGAAGAAAUUGUGCGAGAUGCCAGACGGAAAUAUGAAGUCAUGCUUUUGUGUGAAAAAUUAUCCAUGGAAUCAUAUAGUGGAUAUUCUUUGGCACGCUUUAGGAGCCUCAGAGAGUUAAAUAUAAGUGGCUGUAAUAGAAUAACAGAUGUAAGUCUAACAUAUGCCUUUUCAUUUAAAGAACUUGUAUGUCUUAACCUUAGCCGAUGUCAACAAAUAACUCAUGAAGGGAUAAUGCAUCUAGUCAAAAACUGCCCUAGUAUUGAAUAUUUUAAUCUGACAGACUGUUACAACUUAAAAGAUGAUGCUGUAAUUGAAAUUGUCAGAGGGCUCAAGAGAUUGAGGCACUUGGAAUUAAGGGGUUGCAAUCAAUUAACAGACACAACAAUUCAAGGGAUUAUCAGUAAUUGCAAGAAGUUAACAUUUCUUGAUGUUCAGGGUUGUCGUAAUAUGUCGGCAGAACUAGUUUGUACAUUAGGAAUGCAAUUGCCAACCCUCCACACUGUACUUUUCUCAAAACCAGGUCCCUACAUUGAUGAUGGCGUUAAAAAUAGAUCACCAGCACCAACUUUUUUACCUACUCUAAUGCGUAAAUUACGUAUUCAUUAG